UCUUCGUACUGCCCGCUUAGUAGUUUGGGAGCACCCAGCCAAUCUAGCCAAUCUCAUGUGUAGGAUAAUAGAAACAAACAAUAAGCUAUGCAUGUCCUUGGGUUAUUCAUCCUAAUGCUUUGAGGGGCUGCGAACGUUACCUGGCUCCCAAGGAACAUCCCUCAAGGAUAGGAGCUUGGCUUGCAAGUCCAAGAACCCUCGCAUCUACCAGCGAGAUACGCGCUUGGCGCAGGCAGAAACGGGCGCCGGAGGUCCUACGCUUUUUGCCAUGGCGCACGUCAAGCUGCGCCCGCUGGUCGGCCACGACAGCUCAACCUCACAACCUGCAUUUAUUGACCCUUCUACACCCGACACAGGGCCGCCGAGUAGGCCGCCUAGCGUCCUCUCGCCAACGUCGCGACACAAGCCAAUGGUGCCGGCGCCACCGGAUGCCAGCAACUGUCCGGCAGAAGACCCUGGCGUCUCUAAGAUUAGGAGCAAGCUGCGGCGCCUGCUGGGCGCGCAGGGCCAAGGGCUCAAUCAGAGCGUCAGCGGGCCGAGCGGAGCUCCCACGCCCAGCCUAAGCAAAUCCGGCAGCUUUCGCAGCACAGCCUCUAUGGAGCUCAACAGCGGCACUGCAAGCCCCCACCGCCCAAGCCCUCACACCCCCACAUCCAGCGUUCCCAGAGGGCGGUUCGCUAGCGCCAUCAUCGCGCCCACCUAUCCACAUCCCCCGCCAACCACCCCACCCGGCACCUCCACCCCCCUCAAUCCCAUGGCCACAGCCCGCCCCGGUCCCACGCCACCGUUGCAACCCCCGCCAACCGCCGCCAUGGCGCCACCGGGGUCCCCAGCAGCUGCCUCCGCCAGCGUCCGAGGCCUAACGCUGCGCCGUGCCGUGUCCUUCAGCCCCACCACCACCUUCCCGCCGCUCAACUCCUCAACCUCCACCUCACCGCAACCCCCCGGCGGGCCCAUGGUCUUGAGCAGCAGUGGUAUGAUUCCCGGACCCGGCGGUGUGGCGUUGGAGCGGGCGGCGGCACCACGCGCCAGCUUCACCGCUACGCACUCGUUCCAGGUCCCUACACGGACGUCAGGGAUGGUCAUGGUGCCGGAGGACGAAGCGCUGCCCGAGGACACGCCCAACAGUGAGCCCGGGGCGCACAGCCUGCCGAGCAACGCCAACAAUGCUGCUGGGCGCUGCGGACAGUACGUCGACAACGCCCUGCGCAACAGCGUCAGCGCCGACACAGAGACCACCUUGCCCACGUCGGCAGUCGACGGCACCGUCUACGUGCUGGCGCCCGGCGGAGGCGGCAUUGUACGACAGAUCUCCUUGCCGGCGCCAUGCGGCCCAGAUUCGGGCCGAGUCAUGGUACGGAACAGCAACAGCGGGAACUUGAGCAUCGGCAGCGCCGCCGCCGCCAAUGCUGCGCUGCUGGAACCGCAGUCAUCGGCAACGCCGCCGCCUUCACGCGGCGGCCUCAUCCCUAGGAACCGAGCCAGCGGCAGCGCCAGCGGCGGCAGCGCCAACCCCGCCGCCGCCGGUCUCAUGAGCCUGUCCUCUGGGCAACUCCGGCUAGACCCCGCCACUCGCGCCUCCCUCUCCUCCCCAGCUGCAACGCCCCGCGGGCCUUAUCACAGCGUUCCCCAUCAGCCCACCCCGCCCACGCAACCCCACCCCCCGCAGCCCCCCUCCAUCUCCUUGCCGCUCCAGCCCACCCAACCCACCCAGUUCAUACACCACCUGGCCGCACAUUCUCAUCCGCAUGCUGCCCCUGCCGUGGCGCCCUCGCCACACACGCCCAGCUCCAGCCCCAUGGUUUCCACGUCGGGCAUGGCCCAGGCGCCGCCCUCGCAUCCCCCCUCGCACCCCACCCUUACGAGAGGCAUGUCCGCCCUCAGCCUCGUAUCCGCCGGCGGCGGCCGCAUCAGCCACGGUGCACCGGGCAGUGCAUGGAGCACCGGGGCAGGUGGCGGCGGCGGCAGCGGAGGAGCCGCAGGCGGAGGAGGUACAGCAAUGCAGCAGCAGUCGCAGCAGCACGAAGCUGGAGGCCAUGCUGGAGGCGGCGGCGGCGGAGGCGCUGCUGUCAUGCAGCAGGGCGGGGCGGGGACGCCUCCGUCGACGGCGCAGUCUGUACGGCGGACGCACAGCACCAUUGACGCCACCGCCAUUCGGGCUCAGUCGGAGAUCCCGCCUAGCUCUCCAGCGGGAUCGCUUAUGGCUAUCGGCGCCGGGAUGCCUGCCGAGAUGCGGCGCAAGGAGUGGCGCAUGGAGGACUUCACACUGCUCAAGAAGCUGUACAAGGGCAACUACAGCGCCGUGCAUAAAGCCCUGGACCGAACCUCCAUGCGCUUGGUGGUGGUCAAGGUGUACGACACGACCCGCAUGACGGAACUUGCAAGGAACCACGUACGGCGUGAGGCCGCCCUUCACUCCCAGUUGGACCACGACAACAUCCUGAACCUCUACGCAGUCUUCCAACAGGGCCCCUACGUGCUGCUGAUAGAGGAGGUGGCGGAGGGCGGCGACCUCUACCACGUGCUCAAGGGUGUUCCCGGCCACCGACUGCAAGAGGACCGCGCAGUGAUCGGCGUGCUGCUGCCACUGCUGCGCGCCCUGGGCUAUCUGCACGAGCAGGGCAUUUGCCACCGGGACAUCAAGCUGGAGAAUAUCCUGUUCUCCGACCGCCACCACACCCACAUGCUGCUGGCCGACUUUGGCAUCGCGCUGUCGCUGCGGCAGGAGCGAGCGGUCACACGCGCAGGCACCACCGAGUACAUGUCCCCCGAGCAGCUGCGCUGCCCCUUCAAGCGCCACCCCUCGGACAACAAGGACCGAACCGACCUGCACUACGGCCUGGGAGUGGACGUGUGGGCCACCGGCGUGCUGGCGUACGAGCUGCUCCACGGCUACCCGCCCUUCCUGGGGGCUAACCGGGAGGAGACGGAGCAGCUCAUCGCAACGGCGGCGGUGCAGGUGGCGCCGCAGCUCUCCUCGGGCGCUCGGGACUUUGUGCUGUCCUGCCUUCAGAAGGACCCCGCGGAGCGCCCCACUGUGCAGCAGCUCAUGCAACACCCCUGGAUGCGCGCGCACAUGCGCCAACCGCGCAACUAGGACUCCAACCCCUCUCAUGCGAGCAGCGAACACGUUUUCAGCGUGCAGCGCGAUAUACAGCGCCACGAAUGCAGCACCAAGUGCAUGUGUGUGCAUGGGUUGUGAAAGUACGGCGAGCCGAGCGCUUGGCGAGGAGGAGGAGGAGGUCAGCAGCAAGAGUGAGCUGGCGGAGAGGGUGCACAAAAGCAGCAGCAGAAAUGUUGGGGUUGAGGCAAAAGCGCCCAAAGCAGAGAUGUGUUUUGCCGCAGGAGGAACCGAGCGAGCGAGCCCGGAGCUUUGCUGUGUUGUAGGAUGGAUUAUGGUUAUGGAAGAUCCCGGAGGGCUGGAGGAGGCCUGCAUUUGAAAAGUGGAAAGGGUGAAAGCGACAAUGCGCAACCGCAAAAGCCGCCGUAUGGUGGCUUACGUGUGCUUGAAGACGAAGAGUUAAGAGGAGUUGAUGAGAUGAAUGUAUGUGCUAGCUGUGUUGCACUGGAGGAGGUACGGGUGAGCUUGAAGCACGACCGGUGGAUGGCUUGUGGUGCUGUUGCUCGAUGCCGUGAAUGGGUGUUUGUUGUUGCUCGUACCGCGAUUGGCAUGUUUGCUGUGUCACUGUAUCGCGCGCGCGUGGAAUUGCAUAUGCCUGUUUGGAAACGGAGGGGCGCAGAGCUCCUUUUCGUUGCCCUGAUAUGGUUUGUGUGUCUUGGACUAGUUUGCGCGCCGUAUGUCUUUUGCGUGCGUGACAUCUUAUUCCCAUUCCUCAUGGUUUGUUUCAUUUUUUGUCCGCGUUAUAGCGCCCUCCUGGCCGAGUCAAGUCAAAACUGACCGGACAGCAUUUGACUUGCUGCCUACAUUAAUGACUUUUAUGGCGCCGCCGAACAUGUGGCAACCGACAACGGCUAACGACGUGAGACAUCCAAAACAGCUUUUGGGUGGUCGCCCCUGUCAACAACAUCGUCGUGUGGUGGCUGUUGGCAGGGGUAGUUGCUUUGCAAUGACAGCCCUUCGGAAGGCGGGGGGCGUCUGCCUGGCGUGCGCAUCGGUGUGUGGUGUAUGCCACUGCAGCAGCGGUUUGCCUUGGGGAUUAUUCAUGGAGAGGAAAGGCGUUGGAUGGACGUCUGUGGCCGAAGAGGAGAAGUGCUGUCUGUGGACGUUGAAGAGAAGGGGAGUUUAGUUGAAUGGUGCGAUAUGUGUUACGUCAGGCUAUGAGUGGUGGUGAUCGGGUCUGUCGUUCUGGAAAGGCUUUUGGGGCUUUGGCACAGUUCCAUUUGGAUCCUGCCUGUCGAAAGUACUUUGGUGUUGACCCGUGGGUCAUGGCGGCAUGGGUUUGCCGUUUUGUUAUGAAGGUCGGCAGGCGCUAUGUUGCGGCGGUAUUGACUGGGGUCGCCCCGCGAUACGUCAUAAUGAAGUACGGCAAACUUGAAAAGCUUAUUAUUGUGUGUCUGGGUUGGGUUGUAAGAGCUCUGGAGCCGAGAAUGUGGAGCUAAUAGAGGGAGCGUACAGGACAAAUUCGUGACGGUUGUAAGUUGGGAACUACUGGUGAUCCUCGAAAUUUACUUGUUGUAGGCAGGCGUGAUAUCGUGUGCCUUGUCUAGCUCACUGGCAGUUAGUGCUGGCUCUGGUGUUGGGGUGGGUGGUACGGAUGACCCAUGGGUCGGGCAGCUCUAUUCCUGGGUUGUUCUGGGGCGUUCGCUGAGCGGGAGCGUCCCUCUAUCCCUUCAAAUGCGCUCCUUAUUGCUUCCUUCGGCUCGGGAUUCUGCGAUGUGUUGGGGCCUUAUCCCUUAUAUGCACCUAGGAUCGUGUGAAGGGGGUGGCCCAGGGAGGCGCCUCUCGGUACCUGGAGUACAUCUCCGAUCUUGGUUGGGCAAGCGCUGAUGACGUGAUUUGUUUACACCACAUAUACAGUGACAGUAGUUACUUGUGCAUUAUUUCGGGCUAGCGCUGCAUCGCCCGUUGGAAUCGGCGGGUUCAAAUCAUCAGCUCAUGAGCAGUCGCGUCGUUGGCUUUUGCAUGCUGCCCAAUGGCACCUCCACCGCAUCGGUUCCCUCGGCAAACACUUACUUGUGUCCCGCACAAGGAAGACGAGGAAGGGGGCGUGUUGGUGGCUAUCCUCCCAGUUUGAUGGCAUGUCAUUUGCUGGGCCGGGAGACGCUUACUUCAGGUGGGCCGGUUCUUUUCGGUCGAGCGUUAAGAGUUGCGUGGGAGGUGUGUGUGAGCCGGUAUCCAGAAGACAACCGCCGUCUGCAGCGCGGCCUGUGACUUGUUAUGGCUGGAUUACUUAAUAUCGAACGCUGCGAAUCGCUGAAAGGGGUUGGGAGGUUUGUGGCUUUGCUGCUCAACUAGUGUGCAGCCCCUCUGGUGCUGGGUUUCCCGGCGCUUCCUGAAGCAUGUAUCUAAUGCGUUAACUGGCGCUGUAGGAACAUGAGACGUAACAGUUGCGUCACCAAGCGCGGGUUAUUUCACGUCGCGUCGUAAUGUGGUGGAAGUGAAACCUCUGGUGGUUGAUGGGUCGGCAGCGUGCAUGUUCCGGCUUGCCGUCCUGUCUCCAAACUAGGCAUGCAAAGGCGACUAGCCCGGACCCGAAGAUUGUUAUCAUUAUCCAUGGGCAGACAGGAAGACUCCUUCGGGCGGGUCUGCAUGCACGAGACAUGCAGACGACGUGGUAGUAACCGGCGUCACUCAGGUACCUGUGCUAGGCUUCCACGAAGGGGUUAAAUACGUGGCAGGGUUCUACGUUUUCCCGGAUAUUUGCUGACAUGGGUUUAAUGAAGCUAUAUGUAUGAAGUUGCUGAAAGGACGUGUCCCCACCUCCCCACUGGGGAAUGCAGUGGUGAGCCCAGCAGGGGUAGUAUUUAGCGUUGAAGCGUGUCGACCGGAAGGUGAAGACGCGGCGCCACAUUCCAGCCUGCGUUGCACGCUCUUCUUGCGUGCGUCGUUCGUCGUUCUUGCGUGCAUACGUGCUUCCCUAGUGAAGGCGCAGCGGGCAGGACCGCAAGGGGCCAUUUGACACGUUACCCUGCUUCCCAUGGCGCAUGGACCGGUGAACGUGUGUCUUGUGCUCCAGCUGUACGUCCUCUGCAGUGUCUCGAGGUUGCUUUGCCAGUUGUUUUCGUUUUCAUAAUAGCGGUAGCGCUAUCCAAGUAAGUAAUAUCUAGUGAGGAUGACUAGGGCUACUGCUCCUACCUGACUACUACGAGAGUCCAACAUAGUUAUCAUAUGCUGACUAAUGCGCUUGUAAACAUGCACCAGCUGACAGCCAUGUCGUGCGCAUGCUGCCUGUCGUGCUACCGUGUCUCAAAGGGCGCACAUGUACGGCUCAGCGGCGUGGCACCGACAGCAGUCCCCUGACGUUCUUAGUAGCCUAUUUAACAAUGCAGGCAUCUGAAGCUUACGCUUCACCCC